GGAGAGAGAGAGACGGAGAGAGGAGGAUUUGGUUACAGAGCGGAGGAUCAGGAUGCAGUGGGAUGGGGAUGCUGCGGAGGAAACUGCAGGCACGCAAAAACAAACAGAAGAACUAGCUGUGUGAUCCAGGUCUCAAGAUGUAGGAGCUGCAUCAGAAGAGCCUUCAGUCAGAGUGUGUGUGUGUGUGUGUGUGUGUGUGUGUGUGUGUGUGUGUGUGUGUGUGUGUGUGUGUGUGUGUGUGUGUGUGUGAGCCCAGCGUAGCAUCAGGAGACUUGUUGUGUUUCAAGGAUAGUGAAGGUGCAUAGGUGCAACCUGAGACGUCCCCUCUGCCUCCACACAGGAUGAUACAUUAGUCCUCAUUCAGCACGGAGUGACAGCAUCCACCUGAGGAUCAGGAUGUUGUCCACAGCUCAGCAGAUGCUGCAGGACAGUCGCUCCAAGAUCGAGCUGAUCCGACUGCAGAUUAUCAAAGUCACCCAGGCUGGAAGCAGCAGCGUUAUUAGUGAUGAUGGCAGCAACAGCCGCAACAGCGCCACUCAUAAAGGGGUUUCUCCUGUCGCUGUCAGUCCCAUGGACGCUCAUUUGGCAGAACUGCAGCACUACAUGCAGAGGGAGACGGACGCCCUGGUGCUGGCUGAAGAUGUGGUGAAGCAGCUGGAGGAGAUCCCAACGCUGGACCACAAGGCCCUGGCUGAGGCUCAGUCCCGUGUGCAGGAGUCGUCCCAGAAGCUGGACCUUCUGCGGCUGUCGCUGGAGAAAUGUUUAAAGGAAAAGAAGCAGGAGUGCCUGCAGCCGCCCUCAGAGGCGACGCUGUGUCCUCACAGUCCCCCCUCUGAGCGCCCCGUGUCGGCCAGCUCUGCCUCCGUCUUCUCCAUCAGACCCGCCUCCUUAACUGGCAAACUUGAAGUUCGACUUCUUGGAUGUGAGGAUUUACUGAAUCCUCCGGGGCAGAAAAACCAUGAAAACGAUCCCACGGAUGCUGCUCACACGAAGGACGAACCCUCUGCAGCAGCAGCAGCAGCAGCAGAGAUCAGCGCGGUGCUCAGGCUGGACGGCAGAGUGGUCGGCCUGACGCGGUGGGCGGCCGCCAGCAGGCUGAGCUGGGAUCAGACAUUUAGCGUCCAGCUGGAACGGUCCCGUGAGCUGGAGGUUGGUGUCUUCUGCCGGGACCACAGCUCUAUGUGUGCGGUCAGGUUCCUGCGACUGGAGGAGAUGAUGGACCGCCCGAACCAGGAGCAGAGGUUCAGCCUAGAGCCUCAGGGCCGCCUCCAUGCCAAGCUCAGAUUCGUGGACACGUUGAUUGAGCGGCAGCCGAAACUCAGACGUCAGCGCUGCAUCUUCACUAAAGAGAGAGGGAAGAACUUCCUCCGAGCCGCGCAGAUGAACAUGAACUUCGCCACGUGGGGCCACCUGAUGAUGAGCGUCCUCCCUCGCUACAGCACCUUCAGCACCUUCAGCUCGUCUCUGUCCUCAGCGCCCGACGACACCUCGCAUCCAAAAAGCUCGGGCCCUCGCGCCACCACUGCACUGCCAACUGAAGCUCCAGUUAUCACACUCAGCAUCAGUGUGGAUCAUUCCUGUCCCACAAGCCCAGAGCCCGGACACCAGCCUCCAGCUGGCAGAUCGCCCUCUGUGCCAGCGCUGCAGGAACAUGUGUCAUCGAUCAACAGCACCGGAGGAAGUCAGGACCAAAAGAUGCACAUGGAGGACUUCAAAUAUCUUGCUGUUCUGGGCAGAGGACACUUUGGGAAGGUUCUGCUGGCUGAGUUCAGACAGACGGGGAAACUGUACGCCAUCAAAGCCUUGAAGAAGACGGACAUCGUGUCCCGUGAUGAAGUAGACAGCCUCAUGAGUGAGAAGAGGAUCUUUGAGAUGAUCAAUGCCUCACGCCAUCCUUUCCUGGUCAACCUCCACGGCUGCUUCCAGACCAGCGAGCACGUCUGCUUCGUCAUGGAGUAUUUACCAGGAGGCGACCUCAUGAUCCACAUCCACAACGACGCCUUCAGCGAGGCCCAGACCAGGUUUUACUCGGCGUGUGUCCUGCUGGGUUUAGAGUUCCUGCAUCUCAACAGGAUCAUCUAUCGGGACCUCAAGCUGGACAACCUGCUAAUGGACGCAGACGGCUUCGUGAAAAUCACAGACUUUGGCCUCUGUAAAGAAGGGAUGGGUCAUGGAGACCACACGUCCACCUUCUGCGGCACUCCUGAGUUUCUGGCUCCAGAGGUCCUGACAGACGACACCUACACCCGAGCAGUGGACUGGUGGGGGAUGGGCGUCCUCAUCUACGAGAUGCUCGUGGGAGAGUCUCCUUUUCCGGGUGAGGAUGAGGAGGAGGUGUUUGACAGCAUCGUCAACGAUGACGUGCAGUACCCAGCUUGUCUCCCUCCCGAUGCCAUCUGCAUCAUCCAGAAGCUGCUGAAGAAGAAUCCUCUGAAAAGGCUCGGGUCUGGAGAGAAGGACGCAAACGAGGUGAAAGGGGAGAAAUUCUUUGAGACCAUCGACUGGGAAGCUCUGCUGGCCAAAAAGGUCCGACCCCCGUUCCUGCCGUCGAUCAAAGAGUCCGUGGACGUCAGUAACUUCGACAGUGAGUUCACACAGCUGCAGCCGGUCCUGUCGCCUCCCUCCAAGCCCUGCAGCCUCUCUGCCGAGCAGCAGGACGCCUUCGCAGACUUCGACUUCUGCGCCCUGCACGGGUGAGACGAUGUCAGGCAGAGGCAAUUCUUCCUUUAUGGAGUCCGAAUAAAAACCUAAAACAUCACACAGAAUUAAACACCGGACGUCUGAGCAGUAACAGACAGAAGAUAGAUCCCAAACACGACGUUUCCCACGCUGGUCUCACAGUUCUGGACGAGGCGGCGGCUGCUCUCACCAGCAUCCACUCGUCUUUUACUGGAGUCAGCCUGCUCCUGCUGUUACCUUUAUUUACGGGGUCUGGUCAGCUGAACGUGACCAACAGGUAGAGCUAACGUCAUAGCAUCUACACACAGGAUCCUUGAAGAGUGGACGAACAGAUGCACUGUUGUUUCCUUUUUCUACGUUUUUACCCACAUUCAUGAAACUGAUCUUUUCAAUGUUGUCUAAUAUUUUAUAUACUAUACAACCAACUAUUAAAAAACUCAAUGGUCGGAGCAGGAUUAAAAAGAUGCUUCAGAUUUAACGAUAAUGAUGCAGUUCACUACUGCAUUAACUACUACUCUGUAGUUAAUACCAUAAAACAAGACUUGUAUUAACUUAAACUACUUAAUGGAGCUUUGACUCACGGUUCUGCUGUAAACCCAGAGGAGGAUGCUCCAGGUUUGACAUUGCGUUUGCGUGAGAAGUGGUCUAUUCGCAGCCUCUUCAAGUGUCCUGUGUGACAGGUGGAGUUUGCUUGGUGGCCUUUGCUCAUUGCAUUGAUUUGAUACUCCUUGCGAGGUAACGUCUGUGCUGCCAUUUCUAUGCAUCACUGUGACAGGCUUCCCCACUGCCUCGACCAAACAACCCCAAUCUGGUUGAAAAAACAUAAUGACUCCAGAAGGGUUCCACGUCUUUGUCACAUCAUACCUCAGAAGAAACGUAACCUCCUCAUGUUCACCCUCCUCCAAUUGUUCCCUGUUACAGUAGAAGUGCAUGGCACCGUGGUGAUUUUGUGCACUAGACAUCCUGUAAUCGCUAGCAGUAUAAAUGAAGCCAUAGAGACGCUAACAUAGCCAUAAAGUAUCUGUUUCAUUUAGCACGUGACAUUCUGUAAUACGAUGAGAGAAUAAGAGAGGAAGAGGGAAGCGUAAAUCUGAUGCUUCCUUCACAUCGCUUCAUAGUGUACGCGUAGAGUCACACUGACAGAUUACGCAUGUUACACUUGAAACUUGGCUUUAGAAUAAAUGCUGACACGGGCAGAGCUGGAGACUCACCACUCACGCUGAGGAGGCUGCUGGUGAUGGCGUGAUGUGGAGGAAGAGCAACAGAAAUGCUUUGUACACAAAUGGGUCCCAAACCCAAUGGUCAGCUUCUGUUUUUUUUACCGAUGUGUCCUUGAGCAAGACACUGAGCCGUCCACCUGCUCUGUAACCGAUCGUCAGCUACAUUAGUUGAAUGUAACAACCAGCCGGUGUUGUUUUAGCCCUUUACGUUGAUGCUGCUGAAUGUUACACGCUACUCGUGUCAGUGCUGUAAUCAUGUAUUAACGCGACCUGACGGGCAACGCCAGUCUAUAAUGAGCAUAUCAGCAGUGUCUAAGUCCUUGUUGUCAAUAAAUCCAAACCCAACUAA